AUGAUUCAAUCCAAUCGCGCGAUGUACUUCCAUCAGAAGGUGUGUUCGCACUGCCAACGGUUCCCUGGUCUGCAAACAUGGCUGCUUCGGCCUUCCCGGACAUCACUUGAGCCGAUGUUGAUCGCUCGAAGGGAGUAUCCGUAUCACCGCUGGGAGCCCUUGUACUUCGGUACUAACAAAGAGCCCUGGUACAGCGAGAUGCUAUCGUGGGAUGGAAGGCAGGAUAAAAUGACGCAGAUGCUAGAACUCUGUCUUCAAGAUUACCGAAUGGUUGUACUUGACGGCGGGUUCCUCUGCCACGCGGCUGCCAGCAAGAACUCAUCAAACAAUGCGCGGGCGCAAUUUCUAAACCGACAACGUUAUCAAAACAUUGUAGCGUCUUUCAAGGACAAAUACCCAGAUCAUCCCAAAUUGGAAAAAAAUCCAAUUAGCCCGGAUGAUGCUCGUCUCCUGAGAUAA